AUCAAAGGUUAAAUGUUUCCCUUAUGAUAUCAGUUUUGGACGAAAAUGCCGCACCUCAUGGAUUCUCUACCGCCACAGGAUAUAAUGAUUGAGGUUAGGAAGUUUAUUUCCGCUACCGCUAGAUCGUCACAAAGUUCAAAUACUCUCGAACUUACAAGAACCGCGCUUAGUCUUUUGAAAAAUGUAUCGGCCACAAGAGAGGCUGUACUCGAACACUUCUGCACGGUUUUCUCCGUUGCCGUCACCAAAUUUGUCCGGCAAAUUGAGACCAGGCAAAAUGUACCAAUACCUGAAGAGAACAUCAUUGCUGAAAUACAUACAGUAUUGAGCAGCUUUAUCAACAACAACCCAGAGGCAUGGGCACCGAUUAUCUCAGCAUGGUCUCUAGAACUUCUUGGAAAUAUUUCAUCGGACUAUUCAAAACGUAUGAAUAUGCCAGUAAACGCAGGACUUAAUGAUUCUCUGCAACAAUGGAUGUCUUGUCAAGCAACUAGAACCCUAAUAGACAUAACAGCACAAUGUCUGCAAUGUCUCAUGUAUUCUGAUUCUGAAUCAUGUAUUAAAACCUUACUAGAUACAAGUGUGAUGCAUAGCCCACAUUUUGACUGGGUAGUUGCUCAUGUAGGUAGUUGUUUUCCUAAUGUAGUUAUAACCAGAGUACUAUCUUGUGGUCUGAAAGAUUUUUGUAAAGACAAAAGAAUUGAUUCUAAGUUGAAUUCUGUUGUUGGAAUUCUCAGUCAUUUGGCUGGUAGUCAUUUUUAUGAUAUCAGAACUGCUUUGUUAGAUUUAUUCAUGUGGAGUUUGGAUGAAAAUGUUAAUGUCAAUGAUGAUAUGAAGACACAAAGAUUAGCAACUGUUCCAUUUUUAUUAAAUUUAGCAUCUUUGUCCUCAAUGCUACUUAAAGCGCUCACUGGUGAUAUCUCACAAAUUUUGAGGCCAGAUGUUAUACCAAGAUUAGCAUUAUUUUCUGCAGAGUGGGUGAGAUAUUUUAGUAAUGAUUCAACAAAAUUGAUAAAAAUUGUAGUACAUUUAGCAUUAGGAUGUGAUCAAGGUGCACUCCAAAUUAUUAAUACUUUGUUAGACACAAGUUUAAAUCCUAGCAAUGUAGGAUAUCACAGUGUUAAUGCUGCACAUAAUGUGAAAAAUGUUUGCAGAGAAAUACUUGAAUUAAUGUUAGAAGAAAUUGAAUUUACAGUGAGAACAGAUCAUUCAAACACAAAGUUAAAUAAUAUGCGUUUGAUAAUUUCAAUUAAACAAGACCUACCAAGUGUUAUACCAAUGCUUUUGAAUCCUCAUCCAUUAAGAGUUAAAACUGCAGUUAGAUUAUUGUCGAUUCUUGGAACUCAAAAUCCAAAUGUGUUAAUAUCGGCAGCUAAUCACCUUUUACAAAAUGCUGAAACGAAUUUCCAUCUGGGUGUGUUAGUACGACUUAUUACCGAUAACGACAUUCAAUUUGCUAAGAAAAAUAAGAGUGAAAAUAAUUUAUCAGAUUAUGGCUAUUUUACUCAAGUAAUUGAGCAAGCUAUAAGAGAUGUACAGUAUUCCAGUGUAUCUAAUGAUAUUUUUACACGACGAGUUUUCAAAAAUUUAACUACAUUGUUGAAAUGGGAGAAAUCUGGCAGAGUAUCGAGCUUAAAAUCAAAUUUUAUAACACGAGCUGUGAGAGUUAAUCUUCUACAAAUGUCAGUUUAUCUUACAAAAACAAACAAUUAUGACUUGGCAAACGAUAUUGCCGAAAUGUUGAAUUGUCUCGAUCCACCGAAUAACAAUUUUCCAGCUAAUGUUGAGCUCACCUUGAGGUUGACUAGGGCUGUAAUACGUUAUUUCUUCAUUUGCAUAGCAGAAAAUGAUAUUAUAAAGAAACAACGUGGGGUUAAGAUUGUGUGUCGAUUUUUAAAAGGACUCACUAAUUAUUCUCAAUAUGCUCGAGUUCUAGCAUGUAGAGAGAUUUUAGAAACGACUAUAUUUGGAGAUCCUGCACAAUUUUUUGGUGCGAGAAAAAAAUUUACAUCGAACAAAUCGAAAACGUUUCUUUUACAGCAAAACCAUAAACAGGGUACUGGAGCCAUUUUAGCUCAAAGACACUCAUCUGUCUUCCAUGCGGGUAUAAUAGGACACGGUCCAAGAAAGCUUCCUCUUGACAAUAAUAUAGACAAGGAAAUUGUGACUUUGAAUAAGACGUUAUUGAUGGAUGUGAUAAAAGCGUGUUGUAAUCGUCCAGACAUUAUUCAAUGCCCGGUGGAUACAGAAGCUUUAUAUUUAGUUAGCUUAUUAUUAGUUGAAUUAAUAUCUCCCGAUGUCAUGUACAAUGGAUUACCAUGGCCUGAUGAAGAAUUUGCCAAAGUUACCGUGGAAAGAGAUUUACAAAUUCGGCGAACUUUUGACGAUGCGCCCGUAUUGUGGACGCUAUUGCAGUUGACAGCGUGGUACAGACCAGCUUUAACCUAUUGCUCGGUACUUAUGAGAGCAAUUGUUGCAACAGUUUUAGCUAAUUGGGAUGCAAAUAAAGGUGUUAUGAUAACUAAUAUCAUGGCUUUAGGACAAUUACUUCCUAUGCCACUAACCAGUAUUCCGCACAUUCUUCCGGUUCUUGAACCUCAUCAGAUUACAACAGUGAUGCGUGAAUGCGUUUGGAUGUACAUGCAAGAGCACGUUCCAGCGCCUGCGCUGUUUACGCGAGUUGAAGGUGCAACGAUUUCGUGGCGAAAUACCGAUACUUCGACUCCUGACAUCAGAUUUACAGAAACAUUGAGACUGUUAUUACUUGCUAACAUACACGUUUUAGGUCCUUUAUACGCGACUCUCUUUUUCAAUGAGAACAAAUAGAACUGAAAAGACUUUUUUUAAAUUGAAAGUUGAUUUUUCGAAAGUAUUUUAUAGAUAGUGCAUACUGUUGUAAAGUGUUAAUAGUAAGGAAAUUAGUACGGUUACGCCAAAGAGUCGAGGGAAAAAUGAUUUUUUUUGUUAUUUGUAAAUAUGUUUUAUAUUAUAAUGCCAAGUUUAAAAACAUUUGAUGAAAUCACAAGUAUUUUAUAAACAUCCACACUCGUACUAAAUUGAGUUUACACAUUGCACUAUGAAUCAGAUUUAUAAUAAAAUUCAAGUAUAAUAAGAUCAAAAUGAUAGUUUACUAUAGCUUGAUUAUUUAGAUUAUUAUACUUUCAAUACAGCAGAAGUAAAUACAGAGAUUGUUAAUGUAUUGUAGAAUCGAACCAAUUUUGAUGGUGGCGUUGACUGGUGUGAAUGGUACAAAGAAAAUUCUAAAAUAUAACCAUUAAGACUCACCUAGAAUUCUUUAUUCCACUGCUUCAAAUGCUUGUUUUUUAUGUUUCAUGUCCGCAUUGACUCUUGUCUAACUAUUUUCACGAUAUACACAUACAUAAUAUAUGUGAAAAUGACUUAAAAAUAACUUUUAUUUAACAAAACAGCGAAUUUCUUAUUUUUAUUGAUUAGACCCCCCUUACCCUAGCCAGCAAACUAUAAAAAAUGUCAUAAUAAUAUGUCUAAUUGUACCCUCUCGUUCAUCUUGUACGUUGUGAUAUUUUACAGCUUUACACGUUAUACUGCUCUUGAGUUUCGCUGUAUCAAGCCAUAAAGCUCAGCAUAUAAGUCUCUAAAAGUGCACUUCAAAAUUCGUUUAGCUCUUUCUGUCGAGCUCACAUAAAGGAGUUUGUCAUAAUAGGUAAGCAGUCUAUUAUUAAUCACCAUAUUAACUCAUUUACCAUAUUGGCAAAAUCUUUAAAAGGUAUUUUUUUUAUAGUCGUUUAUCAUAAGUUUACCAUUAUGUGCAGUCAUGGAGAAAAUCGUAAAUUUUUCAUUGAUAACUUGAUUUCUUAUUGCUAGUAGCAAGUUGCAUUGUUAAAAUUUAUUUCGCUGCAGGUCAUAAUUGUUUUUGAAAUUUAAAUAUAAAUUGUAAAAAGCGUACCUCGUUUCAUGUUGUCCGAUAUAUACGUAUAUAAUACAAUUCAACUGGUUUUCGAAUUUUAUUAAUUCAUGUAAUAAUGAAAGUGUAUACACCUCCGCAGUUGGUUACUUUUAACUCACCGAAAUAGAGGUACGUUGUUAUAUAUUUCGACAUUGCAGGUAGAAAGCACGUACUUCGCUUCGCUCGGGUGUAAACGCCAUACGAGACGAGAAACUCUUUCCCGAACAUGUGCCGUACCUAAGUUUUUAUACGACGUGUGGAAAGUGCGAUUUUCAACGCACGUUUUCACCCGAGCGUGUGGGAAAGACGCACUUUGCGCACGGAUUAUUGAAAAGGACAUUUUUUUUUGCUUCGCAUUUUUUUCCACAUUUCCUUCGUUUAGGCUUCAUUUUCUCCGUCUCUCCUUUUUCUCGCACGUGUUGAAGUUAAUACAUUUGCGAUCUGUGCGAUAACAAUAUCUUAAAGUCAUUACCCGGAAAAAUCGUAAUGUUGUUGCUCGAUAAAAAUUGAGUUUUUUAUUUAAAGUUGUUUGUUUGAAAACGAAAUGGAAAUAUAUAGGCUGACUGGUUAUUACUUCUUAAAUUGGUAAUCGUCACGUUGAUUCUUGAUAAAAAUAUACAUUUAAAAUUUAAACUACAGUGAAAUGAUAAUUCAAAUAUAUAUGAACAUACCUUAUGUUAUUUUUAAAUUUACAGAGGUAAGGUGUUAGUUUCUAAAGGCCUUUCCACAUUGAGAGAAUAUUUCUGUUUCUUGUGAUGUUUCGUGUGAUUUUGUACCUCCCGGAAUUUUCAUACAGUUUAUCAUCUAUGUCUGUGUACAUACUCAGCCCCGGAAAAUAGUAAAAAUAAAAAAAAUAAAAUAAUUUUCAAUAGAGUCGAAUUUGCUCGGUUCAACUAUGUUGGCCAAAUAAUUUACACGCAUUACAUUUUCUAACAAAAAAAUAUCAAAGUAUUUUUUUUACGCAAACUUUAAACCACAAUAUCUUGCUGAAAUAUCAAUAUUUGUUGAAUCCUAAGAUCCUAAAAAAUUGUUCACUAUCACAAUAAAUUUGCCUCGUUAUAAUAUAUUUUAAAAAUACAUUAUUUUUUAUAAAGAAAUUUAAAUAAUGUAAUUUCUAUCGCUGCGACUGCUGAUUAGUGCAUGUAUAUUAUUUAAAUUUCUUUAUAAAAAAUAAUGUACUUUUUAAAUAUAUUAUAACGGAACCAAUUUCUUGUAAUAGUGAAAAAAUUUUUAAGACCUUAAGAUUAAACAAAUAUUUGAUAGUUCGGCAAGAUAUUGUCGCUUAAAGUUUGCGUAAAAAAGAAACACUUUCAUAUUUCUUUUUUUGGAAAAUUUAAUACAAGCAAAUUAUUUAGUUAAUAACAUACGCGAACCAAAUUCGACUCUGUUAAAAAAAAUUUUUUUUUAUUUUGAG